AAAAUGAAACAUACACUACCAAUGUCGUACAUAGCAGCAAUGAGCGAGAUGUCGAAUCGCUAGGCGCGCGCGCCGCUUUGUGCGAUGAACUAAUGCUAGUUUCGAUGGGAGCCGCAUGGCGUCGCGUGAGCAGAUGAGUCAGACGCUGCCAAUCAAACACCAGCGUCCUGACGCGACCUAUAGAAGCUGCUCGCAGUCUCUGCCGCUAGAUAUUCUAUGGUUGCCACGCUCGUCGUUCCGGCCGGCGGAGGGCGAGCUGGCGGACUGCGUGCUGGUAGUGGGAGUGUCGCGGCCGAAGCUCGCCGCGGCCCUCCUCUCCGUCACCUUGCUAUCUCUCUUCCUCACGUUCCAUGUGCUCUAUGACAGCGCACUCUAUAGUAUACAGGCGGCAAGUCUGGCGUCGGCUGCCAAUGAGAACCGCAAGAUCUUGCAGAGUCAGGAAAGCAACAGCCGGACCAUCAACCAUCCGAUGGCGCUGAGGAAACGACUACGGCCUCCAAGACCGCCUAGACCAGCCCGGAGACUGCCACAGGCUUUGAUCGUUGGCGUCAGGAAAUGUGGCACGCGCGCUCUUCUUGAAAUGCUCUACCUUCAUCCAAUGGUGCAGAAGGCUUCGGGAGAAGUUCACUUUUUCGAUCGUGAUGAGAACUACGCACUCGGGCUUGAGUGGUAUAGAAGCAAAAUGCCGUUAUCUUUCAAAGGACAAAUCACCAUCGAGAAGAGCCCCAGCUAUUUUGUCACUCCAGAGGUACCAGAACGAGUGCGGGCAAUGAACUCUUCAGUUCGUCUGCUGCUCAUCGUGAGGGAGCCGGUCACUCGCGCCAUAUCGGACUACACGCAGCUUCGAAGCCGAGCCACUCCAUCUGCGCCUGCGCAACCACAGAUACCGGGGCCUGGGAACACCGUGCCAGAUGCUGCUAAGCCGUUUGAACAUCUGGCUAUAUCUCCUGAUGGCUCGAUUAACGUUGCCUACAGGCCAAUAGCAAUAUCUCUGUACCACGCAUAUCUUCACCGAUGGCUUGAAGUAUUCCCGAGGGAACAGAUCUUGGUAGUGAACGGUGACUUGUUGAUCGAAGAUCCCGUACCCCAACUCAGGCGCAUUGAGAAGUUUCUUGGACUUGAACAUAAAAUAGGGAGGAAGAAUUUCUACUUUAACGAAACUAAAGGUUUCUACUGCUUGCGGAAUGAUACUACGGACAAAUGUUUACGGGAGACCAAGGGUCGCAAGCAUCCCAGAGUGGACCCAGCCGUGGUCACCAAACUACGAAAGUUUUUCGUUCAGCACAAUCAGAGGUUCUAUGACCUCGUCGGCGAAGACCUUGGAUGGCCUGAGGAUUGAAACAUAAAUUAAAAAUGAUUAGAGAUAUAUCACAUUAAACGUACUUCCGCGAAUUGUUUUUGAGUGGUAAAACAAAAAGCUAGAAGUCCUAUAAUUAUUAUUACACCUUCAAAAACAUAUUUUUUUCACGUCAAAAGUUAUAAAUGUGAUAUAGCUAGUUAUAGAAAAGAGAUUUUUAAAUGAGUGUUGAUAGUCUAAAUUGAAAUGAAUUAUUACUAAAAUACAUUAUGAGUAUACAAUUUUGAAUUGGAGUGAAAGAUCUGUUACAGGAUUAAAAUUUAAAAAACUGUUGAUUAGUUGAUUAUUACAAUGGCUGUGUGUGCAUCAGGUCUCACGUAUAAAGUUUUUAAAUCUUACGUUUCAAAAAGUGAAGUAUGUAAAGUGUGAUAUAUUUCUGUAAUCGCAUUACUUUAGGUGAACCACGUAGGCGUUUACAUCAGCCGUGGAUUAACUAAAUCGUUGUGAUCGAAUACAUAUCAAUGUAAUUUUAACAUAUCAUUAUAACGUAUCAGUAGCCUGUAAGUUUUUUAAAUCGUUUAUGUAUACAUGUAGAUUAAAUAGAAUAGGGCACUUAAAUGAUUUAUUUAUUAGUAUUAUUAAUUAUAUUUACAUGGAAAAAAUAUUAUUCUGUUCUGACCAGAAAAUUGAUUUACUCUUUUUGGCAUAGAAAAGAAAGGGAACAACCAAUAAAUUGGAAGAAAUUUACAUUGAACAUACUUAUUUUACAUUUAAUAAUAUUGUAGUUUAAAUCCUUUGGUAACUACGUUAUUAAGUAAUAGUAUAAUUGUAACGCACUGAUUUGAUAGACCGACCCACUGGAACCCUGAGCAAUAUAUUUUUAUAUAUUUAUAAUUAAGUAUUAUGUGCAACUUUUAUAUUUAUACCAGUUCAUUAUACAGAUUCAAUAUUUAACUAUAUGUGAACAUUUCUGUAGUUUUUAUUAUUUAAUUAGAUGUAGGUAUCUUAAAUUUAUCAGAAUUAUAAUAAUUUGUAAAACAUUGAAUGAAUGUUGUAAAUUUUUGCUUCCUCCUUUUAGAUGUUGUGAUUCGGCCGUGACAGUGUUAAAUAAAUGUGUUUUGUUGUAAGUAAAUGUGAUUUUUCGACUCUAAGAAAUAUUUGGCAUUUCUAUCAAAAACUUUAAUUGAAACUUUAAAACUUUGUAGUUGAAUACUUGCGUCUUACUUUUUAAAGAUUAUUGAUAUCUCGGCAAGAUAUGUGUGUACCUUUGAACUUUUCAAAUCUUUUCCUGAGUAAAUGUUAAUUCGGUAAGUGCAGACAAAAGAGAGCGUGCAAUAAUUCGUAAUAAAGAAAACAAUGGGACAUGCAAUUACGUUUCAUAAGUCAAGUACUCAAAAUGACGCUCUAAAUCUUUUUGUAUGGAAAGUUGUAUGUUUGUCUGUACAUACUGUUUUCAUAGUUUAAUUUAACGGAGAGAUAUGAAUUCGACGCGGGUUUUAUAGUAUUCUAUUUAAGUGUAACGUCCAAGACUGAAGAGUUAGUUAAAUAAGUCUAAGUAAUACCUAUCUAGCAUAAAAUGUCCAUAGGUAUACAAGAGGUGGCAUCAUUGCCGGAACGGUCAGACAGAGCCCUACAAAUGGUUUUAGUUCCGUAAGAAGCAUGUAAGAAGGCAUGUAGUCCUCAAAUUCGGAAGGAUCCCUUUACGUAGUAUUUGCUUCCAGUUCAAAAUUUCAGAGUCAACGAAUAUUUAUAUGUUUUAUAGUUCCGAGAUAUUUUAGGUAAUUUAAAAAGAAACUAAUAAUGUGAUUACAUGGAGUAUGAAAAUCGGUAAGUAGUCAACUUUUAAAAGCACACGCUGCUAAAUUCUAAUGCAAGUUGUUAAAAUGUUUAAUAGGUAAUCACUUUAUUUUUUGUUAAAGAUAAGGGUUUUAAAUACUAUACAAAAUAUAUGCUUUUCUUUUAAUAUCAAUUACGUAUUUGUGUGUUUGCAUUUAAACAUGGAAAAGUACAAAAAGUUAAGUAACAGUUACUUACUCGUUACUUUUUAAUUUUAGCGUGCUCAUUAUUCGAAGUAUUUAUUUUGACGACUUGCAUUCAGAAACAAGAAUAUCAAGCAUAUCAAGUUUUAAUAAUCAUAGUUAAGUUUUUAAUGUUUAAGAUUCUAAUUUAAUAAGUUAGGUACAUCAAAUUUUAUUUGUUUAGAAUAAUUCUGUAGUUAAUAGAUAAUUUAAUCACUGUUAAAUGUUGUGCACGUUCAUAAGGUAGUUAAAAUUUUUAU